CAUGACAGAGGGGAGGAGAGAGUAUUGUAGGGGCCCAGCACUAAGCCUCCCACAGCCAAUAAGAACUUGACUGACCUCCACUUUUAGCCCCAUAGUGUCCAGAUCCCAUCCAGCUGUUUGAUGUGGACACUGAAUGAACUCAACUUUUCAGCUUCACUUAACUCACUUUACAUGAGGUCUGAGGCUGAGGUGCCACUGGCAACUUUUGGACUGUCACAGUGGAUAUAGACCUACAGAUAACGUCUGGAGUAUCUGUGAAACAUAUGCAGUGACUUCUUUUUUUUCUUUUUCAUUUCAUACAUAUUCAGUGAUAUUCAGUCCCAUUCAAAGAUGUCUGCAGCGUGUUAACGUGCCUCUGAGACUGCUGUUUAUCUGCACAGCUCAUCUGGGCCUGUUCGAGAGCUGCUGCCAAGGUCCUCAUUUCUGUAAAACGUGUCGAAAUCAAAGAGUUUUGUGAGAGAAAAUGGCGCCCGCUGUCGGUGGUCCUGUAGGCUACACACCACCUGAGGGUGGCUGGGGAUGGAUGGUGGUAGCCGGGGCCUUCAUCUCUAUUGGCUUCUCCUAUGCCUUCCCCAAGUCCAUCACUGUCUUUUUUAAGGAGAUUGAGGCGAUCUUCGAUGUGACCAGCAGCCAGGUGUCCUGGAUCUCUUCCAUCAUGUUAGCCGUUAUGUACGGCGGAGGUCCCAUCAGCAGCAUCCUGGUGAAUAAAUAUGGGAGUCGUCCUGUUAUGAUUGCAGGAGGAUGCCUGUCUGGACUGGGCCUCAUUGGUGCUUCCUUCUGCAAUUCAGUUCAAGCGCUGUACUUCUGUAUUGGUGUGGUGGGAGGUUUGGGAUUGGCCUUCAACCUCAACCCUGCCCUCACUAUGAUUGGCAAGUACUUCUACAAUAAGCGGCCUAUUGCUAACGGAAUUGCCAUGGCUGGCAGCCCUGUCUUUCUCUCCACCUUGGCUCCUAUAAACACGUGGCUCUUUGACAAGUUUGGCUGGAGAGGAAGUUUCUUGAUCCUGGGUGGCCUGCUCUUCAACUGCUGUGUUGCCGGCUCCCUCAUGCGACCCAUAGGACCGAAACCCAAACCUGCAGAGAAGACCACAGAGAGGAUGACUGUAGCACAGAGAAUUAACAGCUUCAUCGACCUCUCUCUGUUCAAGCACCGUGGCUUUUUGCUUUAUAUUAUUGGCAAUAUCAUCAUGUUCUUAGGCCUCUUUACACCACUGGUGUUCCUCAGUAAUUACGCAAAGAGCAAAGACAUCCCUAAAGAGAAGGCAGCUUUCUUACUGUCUGUGCUGGCCUUUGUGGACAUGUUUGCUCGGCCCUCGAUGGGCAUUGUGGCGAACACCAAGUGGGUGCGGCCCAGAAUACAGUACUUCUUUGCUGCCUCUGUGUUGUACAACGGGAUUUGCCACAUUCUAGCACCAAUCUCGGUCGACUACAAAGGCUUUGUGAUUUACUCCAUCUUCUUUGGGUUUGCUUUUGGCUGGCUGAGCUCAGUGCUGUUUGAGACCUUGAUGGACCUGGUGGGAGCCCAGCGGUUCUCCAGUGCUGUUGGGCUGGUCACUAUCGUGGAGUGUGGUCCUGUGUUGUUAGGACCCCCUUUGCUCGGGAAGUUCAAAGACAUCUAUCACGAUUACAAGUACACAUACCAGAGCUGCGGGGUCCUCCUCAUUAUCUCCAGUGUCCUCCUGUUUGUGGGAAUGGGAUGCAACUAUCGACUGCUGGACAAAGAGAAAAAAGAGGAGGAGAGGAGGGCCAGGAUGGGAGGUAGAGACGCAAAGUACACCAGGGAGAGUGCUACCAAAGAGGCUAAGACCACAGACGACACCGUCUAAUAUUAUGUACCAUCUUAAAUUACAUUAUUGUUAAUUUGGUCUGCGAGGCAUAUCUAUCUAU